AAAUAAAAUAAUUUAUUAUUUAUUUUAAAAAAGUAAUAGUACAUUACAUUACUAGAUUAAUAAAGUGGGUGAUUAUGAACGAGUGCAAAGUUACUGCGCGAGUCGAAGACGAGCGCUGUAACUUUGCACGAGUUCAUAAUCACACACUUUAUUAAUCGCGUAGUGUAAGGUGCUUUACAUAAUAAACACUCGUAACCUCACCAUUUUACACUUCUGUUGUUUAGAUGCAAAAAAUGUGCGUCUAUGAGUGACCAAACUUCACCGGUUAAAUUUGUUAAAUUAUGUCCAAACGUAACACGUACGUAAUGGCGAGUUUCGCGGCGUUGCCACAUAACACUAGGGAUAUAAUACGCUCAUUAUGUACGUGUUUGACCCGACAUUAGGUCGCUCAUAAUGACGUACAUUUUGCAUCUAGCGACAGAGGUGUAAUGAUGAGAUUACGAGUGUGUAUUACGCGACGGUAUUACGUAAAAAUUAUUACAGUCGACUACUUGCACUUCAGCGUUUCUACCGGUGAAUUCGAUAAGCACACAUGUCAACAAACAUUUUUUUCAAAAAAAAAAAUUAUCACUGCGAUGUUUACAUUUUUUUUUCAACAGGAAUUAAAAUUGAGUUAAACAUGUUUGUACUGAACGUAAUUAUGAAAAUUGAGCUCAUUACAAAUUAAUAAACAUAAAUCACCCAAUUUAGAAGUCAUUCAUCAACUCUGGAAUGAACGAAAACGAUACAAACACCUGGCGAACACCUGCUUUCCGAAAUCAAAUUGUAACAAAAAUCGAAGAAGAAAUCACGAAAUGGAACUUAUCUACAUUGAAACCAAGUCGACAACUUGAGAAUGAGAACUACGAGAAAGCCGCUUCAAAAGAAGAAUAUUUGAAAAUGAUCGCCAAACUCAUUUUAAAUAUGCGACCGAAACCGGCGGAAGAGUCAGUUGCAGUCCUAUCGGAAACAUCAUCGGAGUUUGAUUUGAAUGAUGUGAGCGCUACAUCUUCGAACGGACAGAUUGACUCGAAAGACGAGAUUUCUUUGCUAAAACGGAUUAGUCUUGGAAAAUCGAUCACGAAAAGAAAAAGAUUAUUGAAUGACGACGAAGAGUUCAUCUGUGCUGUUUGUUGUUCACAUUUCUCAUCCAAAGUAUCGCUUAAAAAACAUAUCAAUAUUACUCGUCAUAUGAUCAAAGAAGCUUUACCUAAUUCAAUAAUGGACACGAUACCUCGGCAAUGGUUAUUUACAGUUAUCGAUUAUUUUACAACAACCGAUGGGUACAAAAUGGAAAUCUGUUUACCUUCGAUCAGUUCAGUGGAAUCGACGCAGGAAUGGAUGAGCGAGUUCAUGAAAUACAAUCAAUGCGUUUAUGCGUGGGAACGUGAUCAUUUGAACGAAAAUAAGACUCGGCACGAGGUGGUUUAUUGCUGCCAAUAUGGUGAGAAACGUGCCAAGAGUACUUGCAAAAGUAGAAUAUCAUUUACAUUACAGAAAGGAAAAUUCUCUUACGGUACAGCAAUGAUAAAUUUUGUCCACGAUCACUCUAUACCAUACAACGACGAUGCUCGCCAUUGUAAUCCAUCAGCCGAAGUGAAACAAAUGCUAAUGAAAUAUUUCGAAAAUUCAACCAGUACCGUCGAAGCUUACAGAAACAUGCAAUUACACAUCGAAACGCAACUAGACAACGAAAACGAAUACUUGGAGUAUUCGGCCGAUCGGCGCAAAAUGCCUUUACUCAGCUGGGCUCGUUACCUUUACAAUACCGAAUACGGCCAGAAUAAUAAACCGGUAACGCUGAAUCACCAAGGGAUUGAAUUUCUGAGAAAAUUUGUCAACGAUAAAAACGAAGAACAAAACGAAUCAGUUUGCCAGUUUCAAGAACUACCUAAUGAGAAUUUCGUUAUUUUCAUCGCCACAGCUUGCAUGAGGCGAGCUUUAAAGAGUCAAGCUGCUAGCGAACUCGUAUACACCGAUAAUAUCGGAUCAACUGCUCAAUACGGUCUUCGGGUAUAUCUGCUGCUGACUAAUAUCAAAGACGAAGCUGUUCCAUUAGGUAUCGUGAUCACCAGCAGUGAAACGAAUAAAGCCGUAAAAACAGGAUUCGGAUUACUUUCGACGUCUCUGGACGAUCAAUCGUUUAAUGGUAAAGGUAGACUGGGACCUGCUAUCAUUAUGACCGAUGAUUCAGUACCUGAAAUGGUAUCGAUGAAAGGAUUAUUCCCAUAUUCGAAAAUCGUUCUUUCUGCGUUUCAUUUUUUGCGAUCGUGUUAUAAAUGGCUCGUUAAAAUCGAACAUAAAAUUAAUAAACAGGAUAGAGAAAUAAUCUAUUCUUACAUCAGGCAAAUGGUGUACGUCGAAGAUGAGGCUGAACUUCGAACAUUAUUCGAUAAACUCGUAGAAACGUACAAAAAUCACGAACUGGUUAGUUCGUAUAUUUGUAAAUUAUACGAGAAAAGGCAAACCUGGGCUGUAUGUUAUAGACGUAAUUUCUCAAUCAUUGAUGAAUCCGGACACGCUACAUGGAAACAUACCCUAUCCAUACUGAAAGAACAAAUUCUCAAUAGAAUAAAGCUCCAAGAACCUAAACGUUUAGUAUCGUAUUUCUUAAACGAAUUUUCUGAAUUUUACCAAAGACGAUUGAUCGACUGCGCUCUAAACAGAUACGCCAGUGAAAAACCUCAAUACGAAAAUCAAUUCCAAAACUACCUAUUCGUACAAAAUGACCAUUGCGAAAGUUCAUUCACUUUAUAUGAUCGUGAAACAAACGUGAAAUAUUUCAUCAACACGGAUAUAAAUAUAUGCACUUGUCACGUCGGUUGUGCAGGUAUUUCAUGCGAACAUCAGAGAAUCCUCAGAGCAUAUUACGAAAACGUCGAGAUCAGGAACAAUGACUCAGCUAACGAUACCAAAACAAAGCUUGAACUUUAUUAUAUUGUUUCCGGUUGUAGAGACGUUCCCGAAGAAUUCUUCGGUUUAUCCAAUCAAACCGUUGACAAUGCACAACUCGACGAAGAAUUCAAGCCUUUGUUCGAUGAUAUUCAUACGGAAACGGUAAUUGACGAUUCAAACUCUCAGUUCGUCUCAGUCCAAGAAAUAUCCCAGUUGGGUGCACAAUUCACCGAAGGAAUCGAAAUAGAGCAAUCAACCGGCGAUCAAAAUUCAUCGCAAGUUUAUCCAAUCAUAAUUAAUCACAACGAUGACGAUAGUGUCGUUAAAAUUGAAAAGUCAACUUUAUCGAAUGAAAACAAAGUCGAAAGUUCUCCUCAGGUUCUAUAUUCGAUUGUGUUCGACGGAGAGAAUGUUAAUAAUGAUGUUAUAGAAAUUAUUUCGUUUGAUGGUGCGGAGAAUAAUCAAAGUAUGGAAGAAAUUGCCACCCAAGUUGACAUCAAAGAAGAACGUUUCGAUGAGAAAUAUCGCGAAGAAGCUAUGAAACAAGAACUGCUCAAGUUCAAUCAGCAUUUCGCUAGGUUUACAGAGAUGAUUAAAAAGAAUCCGAACGUGUUUAAAAAAGGCUUGUUGCGUUUAAAUAAUCAAUUAGCUAGAAUGAAGAAUGAUCCGGAUGCUUUGUUUAAAGCCAUGAAUAAUUAUACUAAUAUGAAAAUGUGAUUCCUGAAGGAAAUAUUUUUUGUAUGUACAUAAAUUGGAGUUUAGAUGAGUACUUACCUAUUGUUCCAGUUUUUUCUUCCAUUAUUGUUGUUUACUUAAUUAUUUGUUUAAAUUUUUAAUAAUAAAAAAAUCUUCAUCAAAAA